AUGCCCAUAAAUACUGAAGAUCUUAGAUUCUUUGCUGAAGAUGAGCUUGUUACUGUAGAGCCUUUCUUCAAGGAAGAGACUUUGAUACUUUCUGGUAGAUCUUUUGGUCCUUUUGAACCACCCAAAAAACUUGAAAUACCGCUUUGGGCAGCUUUAGCACUGAAAGGAGAAAAACAAUGUAAAAUAUUUUCUCCGGAAUGCUUGACAACCGAAUUUCUCGAACAUCGGUUAGAACUUGAGAAUUCUAUGGACGAUUACGGAAAUAAACCACUCAGUAAAUUUCCAAAAUAUUUUAUUGAAUUUUCAAAAAUUUUAUUGGAAAAGGCAGAAGAUGAUAUAGAAAAUCCAGCUAGAGUACGGUAUCUCUUACAAAAACUUAAAGAAGUAAGAGAAAAUAAAAUUGAAAAACAAUUAAAUGAAUUAGAUGUUAAUGGUCUUAAGAUGAAAAAUCUCACUACAAGUGAAGUUCACAAAAUAAGACCCACUUUCGUAAUGUCUCUUGAGGGAAUAAGACAAUUGGAUGGUGUUAGGAAAGAAGUUCCCAAAGGACCUUCUGUAAGAGUAAAUGGAGUUAAUGGAGUUAAUGGAACUAAUGGCAUGCAAGGUAUUGAAGACUUUUCGCAGCUGAGAGGAAAUGAUAUUAAUAUCGAAGAUUAUGUAAUGGAGUUAGAUGAUACAAUAGUAUAUGAUUAA